AUGGAAAUGCUUUACAAUGAAAACAAAGUAGCUGCAGUGGUAAGAAUCGAACAAGGUAGUGAAGGAAAUACUGACAAUCGAGUGGUGAUCAAUGAAGAGCUCUCAACGGAGGGUCGGAAUUUUAAGAAAAGAUUUUUAGACAGUAAUCAAAUAGAAGUAAUUGACAAAGAACAUGAAGAUAGCAAAUGUGACAAUAGUGGAGCUGUGGAAGAUGCAUUAGAGAGGACGAUAAACGAAGUUGCAGAGACAAGUUUGCAGAGUGCUGCUGUUGAAGGGGAGGAUCUGACGAGCGAAGGUUCGAGAAAGAGAAGCAAAUACGACUGGGAUGCACCCAUCGUUAAGGACAUUGUUCGACGAGUUAAAAAUCAUCGUUUAUCUCAUGCCAAAGCAGCUGAACAGCUUUCUCUACUAAUGGAUGCAAAAGUAACAUCUAUUGGAGUUCGGUUGCAAGUUGUUAAAAUGGCAAAUGAUGAAGCACUUGCGAAGCAGGAUCAGCGGAGUAGCUGCUCAAAAACAUUCAAGAAUGGCAGUUCCUCCCCAAGCAAAGUUGAGAACAAAACAGCAGGUGUAAUGAGAGAACGUGAAAGUAAAUCACCUGUUUCUUAUCGUACCAGAAGCAAAACUGGUGUAAAACAAAAUGCAAACACUUUACAAACUAGUAAAUCGGAAAAUGGUAUGGAAGUUCACGUUACACGAUCAAAUAUGGACGAGACUAGCAGUCAAUGUACAGGAAAUAUCAGCAAUGGAAUUAGUUUGUCUGUAGCAGCAAUGCAGAGUGAUGCAACAAACAAUCAGCUUUAUUUGCCUAUCAUCAUUUCACAGCCACCAACCACAACAUCAGUGGCCACGAAAAUGGUACCACCAGUUAUUCGGCUUUUGGAUAAUGAAGGAAAAUUGACACAUAUUGCGGUUGCUGAAAAUGGCAGCUACAAAUUAUACCGUGUGAAUGAAGGAGGUACAAAUGCUGAACAUAUGCAGAUGGUUAAUCAAGCUGUGUCGACUGGCAAUGCAUCAUCAAAUACUGAACCUUCUACAAAUAAUAUAACCGUGCCGGAUACCCAGGAGACGACGAAAUUGGAAAAAAGUAUGACUCCUAGCUGUAGUGCAAAUUAUUACAUCGAAAGUGUUCCAGCGCAACAAACUUUGGGAGCCCUGGUGGGUAUACCGAAAUUCGUCAAUCCGCAACGGUAUGGUGGAAGUAAUGUAUACACCAGGACAAUUGGACCUGUAGGCACAACUAGUACAAUUCCAUGCACAGGCGGCAUACGAUCUCGAAACGAAAUAAAAGAAGAAGUUAAAAGAUUGAUUCAUUGUUUGAAGUCUCAACAUAUUACUUGUGAAGAAGCUAUGAAACAGUUAUUCGAAUAUGUUGCACUGAAUCCAUCAAACCUUACUUUACCUAUGGAAAAGCAAGUGAACGAUGUAGACGAAAACAAGCAGAAACCGGACAACAGUGUAGAUUAUGAGGUACCACCGCAGCGGGAAUGUAGUGCUGAAGAUGGAAACGAACCGUAUACAAGGCUAGUUGAUGAGCAGGGAAAUAUGAACAUUGCCGUUGUAGAAGGCGAAGGUUAUCGGGUCUAUCGGUUGAAUAAAACAGCGCAAAAUCGCGAAUUAUAUAAAUGCGCCGAUUGUGAUUUAUUACAUAAAACCAAAAAAGAUCCAAUUGCGCAAGUUGAAAUUGUCGAUGGCAUAUUGAUUGGUGACAUCCAUCCUUCACAUCAUCCAAGAUGUCCCUUGCAAACACUAUCAGUAAAAGAUUGUGAACAAAAUUCGGUUAAUGACGAACGAGAGUCUUUGUUAUUUCCUGAAGCGACUACGGAUGUUGAAGAAGGUCGAAGAGGAGAUGAAGCGGGAAAAAGUACUAGUGCAAAGCGUACACCAAAACAAAGUGGUCGUAGAAGUCGACAAACGACUAAAUCACCAGUCAGAAAAAGACCUCAUGUUGUACCGGAACGAAGUUUGGGAAUGACAUUGAGAAAACGAAGAGCGAGGACGUUAACAAGUCCGGGAAUUUAUGACUCUGAAGUAAUGAGUUAA